AUGAUGUUCUCUGCCGAUCCUUCUUCCUCUGAUACCUCUGCCUCCUCUUCUCCGACUCUCUCUUCGAUCUCUCCCCUGUCCACCCCUUCGACUGCCAUUUCGCAGCCGGAACCUGAGCCGACUCGCUUCCAGGUUUUUCAAGUCGAGGCCCCCCGCGGCCACCACAAACUUUUCAUCUCGGCCGGUCCUCAACCAUCUCUCGGGUUCUUCUUCUACGUGCUUCAUCUUAUAGGUCUUGCACAACCCAUGAUGAUCUUAAUGAAUGAUACGGUCACCUCCAUUGAGCAGCUGGCUGCGAUCCAUGACAGCAGGAAUGUCGGGUCGAUUGCGGCCCAUGACAUGAACCGGGUCCGUAUGCUCAUUCGCGGCCUCGGUGUUCCAUAUUGCCCCUUGGAGUCCGAUCCCCCGAAUGAGGCCCUUCGCCGCGCGGAGCGUUGGAUCAUUGAUGUGAUCGACACGCUCCUCGAGGAUGGUGUCCUCGAGCCACCACCACCUCCUCGUCCUGCUCACCAGCUCCCGAGACAUCAUCACACGGCGCAUUGUAUCCACCAGCGCCUUCACUCUCACCAUCCGUACCGACGUCGUGGGCGUCGCCCGUUCGUCAACAACAACCCCCUCAUGAACCCGGGGGUCAACCCCUCGCGCGAACCCCGCGAACCCCGCGACCACUGA